CUCUGUUGCGACGAAUAAAGAUAAACAAGAGAAAAGUCUCAAAAUCUCGUCCAAAUUCCUCAGAAAUUAAUACACUGUAAACUAGAUAUAUAUUAAACUAUUUUUGCUUGAAAUAUGGAUAUCGAUGAGCAAGCGGAACCAAGCGAUGAUACCAACAUACGUUCUUCACAAGCUUUGCAAGAUGUUGGAAGUGUCGGGGGAAGAGAGGGAGGUGUUGCGGUUGUAGUAGCAAGAAAUGGAGUUCAAUCCACUGAAGAAGAGGACAAUUUGUUGAUUGAAGAACAUGGUAUAAAUCCUGACUAUCCUCGGGUAUUAGUAAGACGCCUCUCCCUGCCUUCAGCGACCGGUGAUAAUCAUGAGAACAUGGUUGUUGGCAUCGCAAAAGACAAUGUCAAUGGUGGGGUGGUCAUGGAGGUAACUAUGGAUAAUAACUCAGCUGGUAGCAGCGAAAUUGCAGGGCAGCAGCAAUCACAGGCAAAUGUUCUCCUCCACAGUAGUGAAGCAACUGGAAAUGUGAUUGAAGAUUCAGCGAACUCGGCUGCUUCAUGUACACAGGAGCAGCAGCAGAGUCGUUUACAACUCUCAACUCCAGCAUCACAAAACAGCUCCUCUUCACUUGUUCAAAAUGAAAUCGGCAGAGCAACCCCAAUGCUUGUUAAUGAUAAUGGGGAAGAACAACAAAAUCAGAUCGUGGAAGCUGGCAUUGAUCCUAACUAUCCAAUAGUCUUAGUUCGUCGUCUCUCACUAAAUUCUGAUAAUCAAGCUUCCAAUCCUGAGAAUAACACCCAAGAACCCAUGCAAGGAACUGGUGAUGGUGGAGACAAUUCUAUGGACUCAAUUCAUGAUUUUUUAAUUUUAUCGCAAAAUGAAAACGAGGGAGAUCAACAACAACAAAUUGAGGAUGCUGGUAUAGAUCCAAACUAUCCUCGUGUUUUAGUAAGACGUGUCUCUUUACCCACGAACGAUGACAGUAAUGGGGAUGCGCCAGCAAUUGAUGGGAAUAAUGUCGAUGAAAGCUCACAAAGUGAGGAAGAUGUCGCUGAAAAUGUUUUACAACUUUUUCCCGCUCCAGAAGUAGAGGAAGAGGAGGAAGUUGAAGCCGAUUUAGACUCAUGGUCGGAAGGCGAUGAUGAAUCAGCCAUUAUUGAAAAUCCUAAUCUAAGAGAAUUCAGCAACCAGUUUGUAGUCAUACGUAAUAUGAUUGCCCAGACGAGGCGCAGCAUGGCUGAAACAGAAGCCAACUUUGGUCCAUCUGAAAUACUACCACGAAAUAUGCUGAUGCAACGUUUCCGGCGCAUACUGUUCAUAUUAAAUAAUCGUCGAAGACGUCUCAUACGAUUAGGAAUGAACACAGCAGACGAGGAAAACCCUGAGGGUGAAGCCAAUGCCGAAAUGGAAGCGGCCUAUGAACAACAACCUCCUGAACAAGAUCAAAGUGAGGAUGGGGAAAAUAAUGCCGAAGAGGACAAUAUGUCCAUAGGACAGGAGGAAGAAAUGAAUGAAAAUGCGGUACGCUUUGACACAGACCUUCCAGCUGAACAUUCGUACUUGGGUCCAAAUAUGAAUAGAGUUUCUGGCGUAAAUUAUUUAGAUGCCGGACAAUAUAUCAAGUUACGUUUAUUUUUACACGAGCAUGUUUUAUUCCCCGGCGAAGUUGUGCCUUUCAUGGUGGAUAGUUCAACAACAAUUAUUGAGGGUGAUCCUGAUGAGCAAAAUGGCAUACAAUUUGGCCUAUGUUUUCCCUCCCUAUCCAAUAAUAGUACAACAGAGGGAGCAAAAAACGAAUUGUAUGGAGUGACUUGUCAAAUUUAUGAGCUGGGAACUGAUCAUCGGGGUAAUACUUUGAUUAAGUCCAGAGCCUUGCAGAGAUUUGUUACUAACAUGAAUGAUAUGACGGUUCCUAUAGAAUAUAUAACUUCUCAUCCUCGUAUGAAAUGUACUGGUUUUGUUAAAAUUCUACCUGACAUAUAUCUGCCGGAGCCCCUAAAGAAAAUGAAUAUGGGCUCAAUGAACCGUUUCCGUGAUAACGCCUCAAUGCAAAAAGCUUAUAGACGUUUUCAAGCCGCAUCCACGCCUUGGCCGGUACAUGUGUAUGAAGCUCACAAUAUGAGCACAAUUAUUGAAAAGGCUCGUACACAGCUGGCCCAACACAAAAUCAAUACAAUGCCCAAUGAUCCAACGCAGUUGUCAUACUGGCUAGUACGUAACUUACAUUUGCCGGAAAAGAUGUUAAAAUCGGUAUUUCUGGCAAAUACCGUAAACACGCGUCUAAAGCUUAUUGCAAGCACAUUUAAGGAGGAAGCCGUCUUUAGUUGCCGCAGCUGUGGUACCCAUAUCGCAAAUUGCCGUGAACUAUUUGCAAUGUCUAAACAUGGAGUACAAUCUCAGUAUUGUAAUUCAGCUGGUUUUAUACACGAAACUAAUACCGUGUAUCAAGUCAAUCGUCAAAAUAUUCGAUAUAAUGGAUCACCCUCAACAGAAUUCAGUUGGUUUCCAGGCUACCAGUGGCAUAUAAUCGUCUGUAAAAUCUGUGAACAUCACCUUGGCUGGGAGUUUAAAGCUGUCGAGCCCAACCUUAUACCUAAACAAUUUUUUGGAAUUUCAUCGAGCAGUGUUCGUGUACGCUCGGCAAAUGAACGAACGGAUGAGCUGACCCAAAGAGAGAAUGCUUUUUACAACUUCAUACGACUCAUGAAUGCAGGCGUUAACACCGACUGAAUGCGGUGGGGCACAGUGAAGCGUUUUUUCAACAAAUGUUGGAGACUUUGCCGUAGUUGUAGCUGUAAUUGUUGUCCAGUGAAAUGAGUUUUGAACACGGCAACGCCAUCUUUUAGAUGAUUUUAAUUUUGUUUAGAAGUUAAUGAUAAAAUGUUUCAUCUGUGCUUAGAAUGGAAGGCAAAAAAACUCGAAAACAACAAAGAAAUUUUUAACACAGUUUUUAUUUAACUAAUCUAUCUGUAAACAAAAUUAUUAUUUUUCUUUGCAACUUUUCGAAAAACGUUAUUUAUUAUUUAACUCUAACAACCAACAAGUUAUGUAUAUUUUUUCAUUUUAUUUAUCUUCUUUUAGGAAAACUCAAAAUAAAUCAAAAAUUUUGAAAAUUUUCGUUUUAUACAAAAAAUCUCCUAAGUUUUUCAAAAAUAUUUUAUAUAUUAAAAAGAGACACUUUUUUGGGUUAGAUGGUCUACAUCAGCCUUACACCAUAGGCAUGCGUAAAAAAAUACGAUAUUAAAUCACAGACACAUUUACAUAUUUACGAAUGCAGAAAUUAUUUUAAACAAAACUAAUAUUAAUUGAUAAUUACUUUGUGUAAUAUUAAAAAUUAACAAAAAAAAUACAAAAUAAAAAUCUAUACAUGCAUACAUUAUAUACAAUAUUCUUAAA